GGGACCAUUUGGGAGAGGAGAGAUAGAGAGGGAGAGUGAAGGAGGGUGGGAGCGCUCUCUUUUGAAGGAGAGGGAAUGUGGAGCGGAUAGCAGGGGAGGCGGACGGGGAGAAGAAGCUAGUAAUACAGACAACAAAAGAAAAAUCGGGGGGUGAAGAAAAAGGGGGCUUCUGCACAAUGGCCACGGAGGAUUCUGCUGGUGGCGCUCGCAAAGCCACCAAGAGUAAACUGUUCGAGUUUCUCGUCCAUGGAGUGCGUCCAGGUAUGACCUCAGGGGCCCGAAUGCCUCAUCAAGGUGCCCCUAUGGGUCCACCUGGCCCCCCGUAUGGAGGAACACCCCCGAUUCGGCCGGGGAUGCCCAACCCCACACUGGACCCAAACCGCAAACGGCCCACCACUACCCCACCGGUACAAGCCCCGUCCGUCCAGAACCGGCCUAGAAAGAAACCACUGGGAUUCCAAGGAGCCAAUGAGGUUUCUGCAAGACCAUUGGACUUGCGAGAGGCCCAGUCUGAGCCAGCAAUUGGAUCCAAUGCCAAGAGAAGGAAAAUGGCAGACAAGAUUCUCCCUCAGAGGAUCCGUGAGCUGGUGCCAGAGUCGCAGGCGUACAUGGACCUUUUGGCUUUUGAGCGCAAACUGGACCAAACUAUUAUGAGGAAGCGGGUGGAUAUUCAAGAGGCUCUUAAGAGACCGAUGAAGCAAAAGCGGAAACUCCGACUGUACAUCUCCAACACGUUUAACCCCGCUAAGCCUGAUUCAGAGGACUCCGAGGGCAGCAUUGCAUCCUGGGAGCUAAGAGUAGAAGGCAAGCUGCUAGAUGAUCCUGGAAAGCAAAAGAGGAAGUUCUCUUCUUUCUUCAAGAGCUUGGUUAUUGAGCUGGAUAAGGACCUAUAUGGCCCUGAUAACCACUUAGUUGAGUGGCAUCGCACUCCCACAACGCAGGAGACGGAUGGCUUCCAGGUGAAGAGGCCUGGAGACGUGAAUGUGCGGUGCACGCUGCUCCUCAUGCUCGAUUACCAGCCACCCCAGUUUAAGCUGGACCCUCGGCUUGCUCGGCUGCUGGGCAUCCACACACAGACCCGCUCCUGCAUCAUCCAGGCCCUGUGGCAGUAUGUCAAGACUAACAAGCUGCAGGACUCCCACGAAAAGGAAUACAUUAGCUGUGACAAGUACUUCCAGCAGAUCUUCGACUGCCCGCGUCUGAAGUUUAGUGAGAUUCCUCAGCGGCUCACUAACCUGCUGCUGCCCCCUGACCCGAUCGUGAUCAACCAUGUCAUCAGUGUGGACCCCAAUGACCACAAGAAGACAGCCUGUUAUGACAUAGACGUCGAGGUGGACGAUCCUCUAAAGACCCAGAUGAACGGUUUUCUGCUCUCAACUGCUAAUCAGCAGGAGAUAGCGUCACUAGACAACAAGAUCCAUGAGACCAUUGAAUCCAUCAACCAGCUGAAGAUCCAGAGAGAUUUCAUGCUCAGUUUCUCCAGAGAUCCCAAGGGCUACAUUCAGGACUGGAUCUGUUCACAAAACCGAGACCUUAAGCUAAUGACUGAUGUGGUGGGAAACCCAGAGGAGGAAAGAAGAGCAGAGUUUUAUAACCAGCCCUGGUCUCAAGAAGCUGUGAGUCGCUACUUUUACUGCAAGAUCCAACAACGAAGACAAGAACUCGAACAGGCUUUGGCAAUGCGCACCACUUAAACACGUCAUCAAUUUGGAGCAAAACUUACCAGCACAUUUAUUUGCCGAAUAAUCCCGGGAAUUUGAAUCUAGUGAAGAAUCUCCAACAUACUGGACAACUUUCCCGGUAUCCUUGAACAUUAUAAAACACUACUGGCAACUGGCACUAUUUGUUAUUUAUUGGAAAGUUUGUAUAUGGCAUUACAGUUCAGUGUUCAGUUUGUAAGUAUUAUCUAAAAAAAAGUGAUAAUAAUAAAUUAAAAAAAAAAGACUUUUUUGGAAAAUUCUUACGCCACAAACCAGAGUAAAACAAAGCCAAACAUUUUACUGGCUGCACAAAAAUGUGAGAAACGUCUUUUUUUUUUUAAUUUGAUCGAAUGUUUUGUACUGCAAAAUAUUGUCUCUUUUGGCUAAGAAUGAGUUUAAGCCUUGGAUAAGAGGAAAAGAAAUGUGUACUGUGAAGUUCCACUUUUUGUUUGUCAGCAGUAUUUGGUAUUAGUGUGUGUGUGUAUAUGUGUUAACAGUACUGGAUGUGUUGCGCAUCACUUUACAUUCUGCUUUAUCUUCGUUCAUGAUCUACUGUGUGUCCGUGAACUGAAGCACUGUGUAAACAUUUCUCUGUAGGUCAUAAAAGAACGUUUACCAUGACUGAGGCUUCACUAGGCUAGAACGAAGCAGAUUUGGAUUUGCUAGGAUAUGGAUGUCUGCUUUCACAUUUCUGUACACUUGCCUGUGAAUACAGAUUGAAAGCCUUUUUACUUGGGUGGUGUGAGCACAUGUGAGGACCUAAUGGAGAAAAACUUUAGAGGAUGAUACUUUGCUAUUUUUUUCCAGUACUGUCAUGAUCAGUGACUUUACAUAUCAUUUUUUCAAUGGCUUUAGAAUAUGGCCUCAAUGUUGUCAGAGAUCUGUUAGAAUCACACCAGUGCAUGUUGCAUGAGAACAUACAGGCCUGUUUUUAGGAAACAGCUUAGCAUGAAUCAGUCAGCAUUGUAACUUUGUUGCCUUAAAAGCUUACUGAGGAUGCAGAUAAAAAAAAAAAAAAAGCAUUUACCAAAGUUUAAGUGUAGGUCAAUUUUAAUUUCAGUAUCAUUAUUAAAUAUUUUAUUUUGGGUAGAUAAGGUCAUAUGUAUACACUCAGUCACGAUAGUUUGAGGGAACGAUGAUGUUCAUGGCACUACCUUUUUACCUAUGAGACGGAUCAUUCAUAGGUUACUGUGGUCUAAAGGGUGUUUGAGUCACCUGAAUAGUCACGUAUGUAAUAUAUAUAUAAGGUACUGGUGUGAUGUGGCAUUGAAACUGCUAAGAAAAAAUGAAUGUCAAAUUUAUUAAUUCUGGGACACCUGGUCCUGUAAUUUUUCUAAGAAUGUUCUUUAUUUAUAGUAAUAAAAAUGGUGUUCUCAUGUUGCAAACAUUUGAUAAGUGUAAAUGAAUAAAUGCAUUUGUUUCAUCA